AUGGUCGGCACAGGAGAUAUUAGCGCUUUGCCCACCUCGCUUCCCCCGCCCGACGCCCUCGCUUUCCCCCUCCCGUCGACCUCGCUUUCCCCCUCCCGUCGCCCUCGCUUUCCCCCUCCCGUCGACCUCGCUUUCCCCCUCCCGUCGCCCUCGCCUUCUCUACCCUUCCCAGCCUCUUUCCCCCUUCUCACUCUCUCCCCCCCUCCUCACUCCGUUUCCCCCUGCUCACUCUUUUCCCCCCUCCUCAUUCUGUUUCCCCCUGCUCACUCUUUUCCCCCCUCCUCAUUCUGUUUCCCCCUUGCUCACUCUUUUCCCCCCUCCUCAUUCUGUUUCCCCCUUGCUCACUCUUUUCCCCCCUCCUCAUUCUGUUUCCCCCUGCUCACUCUUUUCCCCCCUCCUCAUUCUGUUUCCCCCUUGCUCACUCUUUUCCCCCCUCCUCAUUCUGUUUCCCCCUGCUCACUCUUUUCCCCCCUCCUCAUUCUGUUUCCCCCUUGCUCACUUUCUUCCCCCCUGCUCGCUCUCUUCCCCCUUGCUCACUAUGCUCCCCCCUGCUCACUCUCUUCCCCCCCCUCACUCUGUUUCCUCCUUGCUCUCUUUUUCCCCCUGCUCACUCUCUUCCCCCCUUCUCACUCUCUCCCCCCUUCCUCACUCUGUUUCCCCCUGCUCACCCUCUCCUCCUCACUCUAUUCCCCCUGCUCUAUCCCCCCCUGCUCUAUUCCCCCCUGCUAUAUUCCCCCCUGCUAUAUUCCCCCCUGCUAUAUGCUCUGUUCCCCCCUGCUCUGUUCCCCCCUGCUCUGUUCCCCCCUGCUCUAUUCCCCACUGCUCUAUUCCCCCCUGCUCUUUUCCCCCCUGCUCUAUUCCCCCCUGCUCUCUUCCCCCCUGCUCUUUUCCCCCCUGCUCUUUUCCCCCCUGCUCUCCCCCGGUUUUUUCCCCCCCUGCUCUAUUCCCCCCUGCUCUAAUUUCCCCUGCUCUUUUCCCCCCUGCUCUAUUCCCCCCUGCUCUCUUUUUCCCUGCUCUUUUCCCCCCUGCUCUCUUCCCCCCUGCUCUCUUCCCCCCUGCUCUAUCCCCCCCUUCUCUUUUCCCCCCUGCUCUAUUCCCCCCGGUUUUUUCCCCCCCUGCUCUAUUCCCCCCUGCUCUAAUCCCCCCUGCUUUUUUCCCCCUUGCUCUAUUCCCCCCCUGCUCUCUUCCCCCCUGCUCUUUUCCCCCAUGCUCACACUCUUUCCCCAUUGCUCAUUCUCUUCCCCGCUGCUCAUUUUCUUUCCCCUUGCUCAUUCUGUUUCCCCCUGCUCAUUCUGUUCCCCCCCUGUUCACUCCCUUCCCCCAUGCCCACCCUCUUUCCCCCUGCUCACUCUCUUCCCCCCUCCUCACUCUCUUCCCCCCUCCUCACUCUCUUCCCCCCUCCUCACUCUCUUCCCCCCUGCUCACUGUCUCCCCUGCACUCUGUUUUUUCCUGCUCAUUCUGUACAGGUGCCCAGCACCAGGUGUAGGGAGGGACCCACAAGUCUUGCCUUUUUGCUGCUGUGUAUGCAGACAAGAGUGGGAAAAGGCAUAUUAAUGAGUAACUUGGUUCUUUUUAACUAG